UUCAGGAAACAGAAGUACGCCCUGGAGGCUAACCGCUAUCCUCUGAACUGCCAGCAGCUCUUCCGCACGCCCAAAGAGAUGUACUACAUCCCUCUGAAGGUGGCCAUGUUGUAAGUACCUGAGAAGGCACAGAUCUAGGAUCAGCUUACUUUUCCCCAGUCCUGACCAAGUCCAUUAGAGGGGUAAACACAAAACUGACUCUAGAUCAACAUCCAGGGUGAACUUCACCCUACUCCACCUGGCUCAACCUGGUCAGCUCAAAGAACAGCAGUGUCAACAUUUAGAGAUGCACAGCAACACAAUCACUCCUUGAAACCUAUGGGUGUCCGCCAGUUUUGGUAAACAAAGCAUUUACAACCUAAUGAUGACCUUUUUUUGUUUUCGCUCUCUCUCCCUGCAGUUACUUGUUGAACCCUUUCACGAUCCUCUCCUGUGUGGCAAAGUCAACCUGUGGGCUUAACAAUGCAGUCAUUGCACUCUUCAUUCUCUGUACAAUAAAAGGUAUGUGUACAGCAACAAAUGGUGUCACCCAAACCAUGUAUUUAUUUGUCGUGUCAAUAACUACAUUUUUCUCUGAUAUUGAAGGAAGUGCCUUGAUGAGUGCAAUAUUCUUGGCCUUGGCGACAUACCAGUCAAUCUACCCGCUCACACUAUUUGCCCCAGCACUGCUCUACCUACUACAGGUACGUUCGUAUGACUCAGCUGAAAGACUGUUGGCCUCACUUUUCACAAGUUUCCGUCAGUGAUAUGUCUUUAUAGUCCAAAAUGGCUUCCUCCCCUUGUUGCCUUACCUUCAAAUGCACAGACAUGAAAACUGGGCAGGUGAAAGCUAAGUCCUAGGCCCGGUUUCCCAAAAGUAUCUUAAGGCUAAGUUCAUCGUUAGAACCUUUUGUAGCAGCAUUGUUAAAUCUCUGAACUGUUUCCCAAAAACAUCGUUAUUAAAGUCGGAUGAACUCGUGGAUACCAUUUUUAUGUCUCUGCGUACGGUAUGAAGUAAGUUGGUAAUGGCGCUAGUGCAAUUGCUACCUAGUGUUAGCACAAUGACUGGGAGUCUAUGGGUAUCUGCUAGCAUACUAGCAGAUACCUAUAGACUUCCAGCCAUUGUGCUAACGCUAGUUAGCAUUGGCUCGCAAAACUACCUCUAACUUCCUUCAUACUAGGCACAGAGACAUACAAAUUGUAUCCACAAGUUCAUCUGACUCUGGGGAAGUAUCCAUUUAACGUUGCACUUGAAAAUGCUUGUAAUCAAAUGCCUGCCUCAGACCAAUCGUAGAACAGCUAAGUGCAACAUUAGAUGCUUUUUUUGCCUUCCCGUGUCACUUUAUAUACAAGAUCUCUGCUAAACAUAGAAAUCAGUGUUUUUCAUUCUCUGUGACCGCCGAUAACUUCACAUAGAAGUUGACUACAAAUACAAAGUUGCCAAUAUCUUUGCAAUUUUUACAAACAAGUGAAGGAUAAAAGAUGUCACAAAUGAAAUCAGAGAUGACUACCUACAGUAUAGGCUAUAGGCCUAUAUAUUCCAAUGAUAUUGAAAUCAAUUUCAUGUUCAUUCAAUUGAGUUUUAUUUGGCUACUGUCUAAUUUUUGCUUCAAUAUACUUAGCCUUCCACCAUAUGGGUGUAGCCUAACAUGUGCGCAAUGAUGUGCCAAAUCUUGAUUUAGUGCAUUAUUAUAGGGUAAGCAUUAGAAUAACCCGUCUCAAUAUUUGCAGCCAUAGGUGAUAAUAUCUCUCUAGGAGCUGAUCCGUCGUCAGUAUUGUUGAAGCCGGCCUCACAGUGCUUGAGGCGUCACUACAGACCCGGGUUCGAUCCCGGGUUGUGUUGCAGCCGGCCGUGACCGGGACACCCAUUAGGCGGCGCACAAUUGGCCCAGCGUCGUCCGGGUUAGUGGAGGGUUUGGCCGGCCGGGAUGUCCUUGUCCCAUCGCACUCUAGCGACUCCUGUGGCAGGCUGGGUGCAUGCACGCUGACAUGGUCGCCAGUUGUACAGUGUUUCCUAUGGGUUAAGUGAGCAGUGUGUCAAGAAGCAGUGCAGCUUGGCAGGGUCGUGUUUCGGAGGACGCAUUGGUCUCGACCUUCCCCUCUCCCGAGUCCAUUCAGGAGUUGCAGCAAUGGGACAAGACUGUAACUACCAAUUUGGAUAUCACGAAACUGGGGAGAAAAAGGGAGAAAACAUAAUUUAAAAAACACUUAAGUUCCAUCGCUAUCGGGAAACCGGGCCCUGGUUGGUAGGCGUCCACCAUAUGGGUUCUAGCCAAUGCUUUCAGUUCAAUGCAGUUGAAGAAGUCAGAGUCGAGAGGAGGCCAUUUUGGACUAUUGAGAUGCACCCCUGGUGAACAUAUAAAAAAAUCGUCCUUGCCUUCUCUACUUCAUUGCCCUGAUCUGUAAGAACUGACCAGGUGAAAGGCAGCCUAAUAAUUAACUUUCAAGUUUUUUUUCUCCAAAUCAAUGCAAAUGAAGGAGAAGAGACCAGAACAGCAGUGUAUGUAUCAAGCAUCUCAGAAUAGGAGCGCUGAUCUAGGAUCUUUUGUAUCCAUGUAACCUUAUUCAUUGUGAUCUAAAUGGCAAAACUGAUCUUAAAUCAGCUCUCUUACUCUGAGACGCUUGAUAUAUUCUGCCCCAGAUUUAAGCAAUUGAGAUAUGAAUUCUCUCCCUGGUGUCCCUCUCUUGCCCACAGAGGUUGUACAUCCCAGUGAACUGGCGCAGGCCCAGCUUCUGGCUCUUCACAACGCAGUACGCCUUCAUGUACCUGGGCAGCCUGUGUGUCAUGGUCUGUCUGUCUUUCUUCCUGCUCAGCUCCUGGGACUUCCUGUCCUCCGUCUACGGAUUCAUGUGAGUGAAAACAUGGACACCAGGAUUGGGGUCAAUUACAUUUCAAUUCAGGAUUUCAGGAAUUGACUGAAUUGAAAUAGAAUUGACCCCAACCCUGAUGGACACAUUUACUAAGAGAGAUCUUUUACUUUUUUCACCUUGAUGUUUGCGCCAAGACCCCGGUAAUCAGUUAUGACUUUGGGUUGCAUGAGUAAAAAGGUUAUUUGAAGUUGUAGACCUUAGUAUACAAUUACUGUUAAUUUGUGCAUUGAGUUCACUAAUCUAUGUAAAACAUGAAUAGGUUUCUUAUGAAUGUGAUAACCUACAACUUUUUCCCACUAUCAAAGAUCUCAUGAAUAAAGUUAGUAAUUCUUUAUUUGGGAAUUGCAUUUAGGCCUAGCAGACAUAUUUGGAAGAUGAGACUGCUAUGAGAUGGAAUGUGUUAUGAAAUGUGUUUGGUGUAACGCGUUACCUAAUCAGAUUACUUUUAUGAGUAACGGAGUAAAGUAACGCAUUACUUUUUCAAAUUGGUUAAUAUUAAUUAGUUACUUUGUCAAACAACGUGUGCGUUACUUUCAGAAUCCUACAAUGCAUUCGGAAAGUAUGACCCCUAUACACACAAUACCCCAUAAUGACAAAGCGAAAACAGGUUUUGCAAAUUAAUUUUAAAAAGCAUACCUUAUUUACAUAAGUAUUCAGAUCCUUUGUUACAAGACUCGAAAUUGAGCUCAGGUACAUCCUGUUUCCAUUGAUCAUCCUUGGGAUGUUUCUACAACUUGAUUGGAGUCCACCUGUGGUAAAGUAAAUUGAUUGGACAUGAUUUGGAAAGGCACACACCUGUCUAUAUAAGGUCCCACAGUUGACAGUACAUGUCAGAGGAAAACCAAGCCAUGAGGUCGAAGGAAUUGUCCGUAGAGCUCCGAGACAGGAUUGUGUCGAGGCACCGAUCUGGGGAAGGGUACCAACACAUUUCUGCAGCAUUGAAGGUCCCCAAGAACACAGUGGCCUCCAUCAUUCUUAAAUCGAAGAAGUUUGGAAACACCAAGACUCUUCCUAGACCUGGCCGCCCGGACAAACUGAGCAAUCGGAGAAGGGCCUUGGUCAGGGAGGUGGCCAAGAACCCGAUGGUCACUCUACCAUAAAGGCCUGAUUGGUGGAGUGCUGCAGAGACUGUUGUCCUUCUGGAAGGUUGUCCCAUCUCCACAGAGGAACUCUGGAGCUCUGUCAGAGUGACCAUCUGCUUCUUGGUCACCUGACCAAGGCCCUUCUCUGAUUGCUCAGUUUGGCCGGGCGCCCAGCUCUAGGAAGAGUCUUGGUGGUUCCAAACAAAGAAUGAUGGAGGCCACUGUGUUCUUGGGGACUUUCAAUGCUGCAGAAAUCUUUUGGUACAAUUCACCAGAUUUACAUUUUACAUUUACAUUUUAGUCAUUUAGCAGACGCUCUUAUCCAGAGCGACUUACAGUUAGUGAAUACAUUUUUUUUUUUUUUUAUUAUAAUUUAUUUUAUACUGGCCCCCCGUGGGAAUCGAACCCACAACCCUGGCGUUGCAAACGCCAUGCUCUAUCAACUGAGCUACAUCCCUGCCGGCCAUUCCCUCCCCUACCCUGGACGACGCUGGGCCAAUUGUGCGCCGCCCAUGAGUCUCCCGGUCGCGGCCGGCUGCGACAGAGCCUGGAUUCGAACCAGGAUCUCUAGUGGCACAGUUAGCACUGCGAUGCAGUGCCUUAGACCACUGCGCCACUCAGGGCCAUCUUUUCCUCGAAACAAUCCUGUCUCUGAGCUCUACGGACAAUUCCUAAAAUCUCAUGGCUUGGUUUUUGCUCUGACAUGCACUGGCAACUGUGGAAUCUUAUAUAGACAGGUGUGUAUCUUUCCAAAUCAUGUCCAAUCAAUUGAAUUUACCACAGGUGGACUCCAAUCAAGUUGUAGAAACAUCUCAAGGAUGAUAAAUGUAAACAGGACGCACCUGAGCUCAAUUUCAAGUCUCAGAGCAAAGGGUCUGAAUACUUAAGUAAAUAAGUUUUUUUGUUUUUAAUACAUUUGCAAACAUUUCUAAAAACCUGUUUUAGCGUCGUCAUUAUGGGGUAUUGUGUGUAAAUUUAAUCAAUUUAGAAUAAGGCUGUAACGUAACAAAAUGUGGAAAAAGUCAAGGGCUCUGAAUACUUUCCGAAUGCACUGUAUAUGGCUAAUUAAACAGCCCAUAUGAUGGCGCGGCACUUGUAGACUAGGACAGAUGAAAGGAGUAACUAGUAGUGAGCAAACCUGAGUUGGGCUACUAUCAAUCACUGCUCGCCUUACUCCCUCCAACAGUCAAACAAAGGUGAGAUUUAGAAAUUUGAAAGUAACGCUAAGCAGUUAUAUAACGUGUUACUUUCCACGCAAAGUAAUAUUGUAAAGUAGCGCGUUACUUUUGUGAAAUGUAACAAGUAACUAAUCCCAACACUGGUUAUGAAAGGGCCUUUAUGCGUUGUGUGAGUGUUCCCUCUGACCGUGUGAAUGCUGCUCUCUGUGUCUCCUCCCCAGCCUCUCCGUGCCAGAUCUCACCCCCAACAUAGGCCUCUUCUGGUACUUCUUCGCCGAGAUGUUUGAGCACUUCCGCCUCUUCUUCAUCUGCGUCUUUCAGAUCAACGUGUUCUUCUACACCAUUCCACUUUCCAUCAAGCUAAAGUGAGUCCCCUUCAUCAGCUCUUCAACUCAGUGUGGAGAGACUAAGGUCGUCAUUUUUGUGGUGCAAAAGAGCACAGAUCUGUGGGGCAAAAUACAGUAAACCUUCAAAUAUGUCCGCACUGUUCCUAUAGAUGCAUGUUAGCACAUAUGCUAAUGAAAAAAAUUCUUCAUAAAUAUUAUUCUCAUGAACCAGAGGUCAGAUUUACUGACUCAUGAUUGACUCAUCAAAGACAUUACCCUGAUGAACCAUGUUAAGUUUGGCAUUGAUAUCUUAACAAAUUAGGAAACUAUUAACAAUUCUCUUUUGGACCAUGUAACGCUAAUGCUUAAAAUAAUCAUACAUCUUCUCAUGGACUAAAAGUCAGAUUCACUCCAAAUUUGGUUUUUGCACUCAUCACAAUAGUCCCUGAAGAGUUUGAGAAAAUAACAUUGAUGCAUUGAAAGAUGGCAACACUAUACCAAUAUUAGCACAUACGCAUAUCAGCAUGUUCUCAUGAACCAUGGAAUGUAGGCCCAUGGUACAUGUCUUAACUUAGUUUGAGAAAAGCUAAGGGAUUGGUCAAUAGAUAGCUGAGUUAUUGACAAAUAAAAAAAUCUGGUUUGUGUCCAUUUAAACCACUGUAAGUCCGCAUUUUGCGACCCUUUGACUUAGCCGAUUGGCACCUGUGUUUUUCUGUUGCUCAUUAGAAAAACUAGAUGUUUUUAAUGAAUCAAAAAAAAACUUUAAUUAAUUUAGAUGUUUUUGCCGAGGAUGUUUUAGUUGUGCAAUUUUACAUCUAACUAAUGUGUUUGGGGCAGUAUUUUUCAAGUAACAAAAUGCACGCUGUGUUGUCUUAUGUAAACAGUCAGAGCUGCUGAGCAGGUCUGUCACACUGUCUAUGCUAUUGGAUAGAGAGCGAUCAAUGCAGCUGUUCACCCCAUGUCAUUUACCCGUUGUGACGCAUGGAUGUUCCGAACUCAAGAUUGACUUUAUGACCAAAAUUAUCCUAUUUACCCUAGAAUAGGUGUUUGACUUAUAUCAAUGCCACAUAGGCCAUUUUCAAAGGUAUUUGUUGCUUUUUAAAGGCAGUCGCUCUUUAACAAUUAAUUAUUUGCCUAUGUAAUGCUAAUGCUCAAAAUUAUCUGCAAUCAUCUUCUCCUCAUGAACCAUACCUCAGAAUCGCUCCAGAUUUUGUAUUUAGACUUAUUACAUCAGUCUUGAAUGGUUUUGAGAAAAAAACGGAAUGCAUUCAAAUAUGGCCACACUGUACCUAUAGAUGCACAUACAGUACAUUCAGAAAAUAUUCAGACCCCUUCCGACUUUUUCCACAUUUUGUUACAUUACAGCCUUAUUCUAAAAUGGAUUCUCAUCAAUCUACACACAAUACCCCAUAAUGACAAAGCAAAAACAAAAUGUAUUUUAAAAAAAUUAUACAAAAAUGGAUAUCAUAUUUACAUAAGUAUUCAGACCCUUUACUCAGUACUUUGUUGAAGCACCUUUGGCAGCGAUUACAGCCUCAAGUCUUCUUGGGUAUGACGCUACAAGCUUGGCACACCUGUAUUUGGGGACUUUCUCCCAUUCUUCUCUGCAAAUCCUCUCAAGCUCUCUCAGGUUGGAUUUGUAUUAAUUUGCAAAAAUGUCUGAAAGCCAGUUUUUUUCUGUCAUUAUGGGGUAUUGUGAGAAUCAAUUUUAGAAUAAGGCUGUAACAAAAUGUGGAAAAAGUGAAGGAGUCUGAAUACUUUCUGGAUGCACUGUAGGGCUAAUGCUAAAAAUACUUAAUCUUCUCAUGAACGGUCAGUCAGAUUGACUCCAGAGUUGGUACAUAGACUCAAUUAAUUAGCCUCUAAUUAAUUUGAGAAUGAUUAGUUGCUGCAUUUAGAGUCGGCCACGCUACACCACUAUAAUAACUGGACCGAUGGACAUGGGGCCUUGAAAUUUGGUAUGGAAACCUUAUGCAUUUGUCCUUAGAAGCUCUGUGAAUAUAAAGUCACUGCAACCUUAGAUGGCUGCACCAAACCAGUUGGUUGCACUAUAGAUGUCAUUGGCACCAGUGCCAUAGGAUUUUAGAGCAAUAACUAAUGAUCAAGUGGACUUUGUCUCAUGCAAAUAAAUGUUAGAUUCAAAUUAUGCAGACGAACAAUGUGAAAUAUCGUGAAAAUAACACUGGAAACAUUUCACACAUCACAAACCAUUAGUGAAAUUGACCCCAUAAUUGGUAUAUGCAGUUGAAGUCGGAAGUUUACAUACACCUUAGCCAAAUACAUUUAAGCUCAGUUUUUCACAAUUCCUGACAUUUAAUCCUAGUAGAAAUUCCCUGUCUUUGGUCAGUUAGGAUCACCACUUUAUUUUAAGAAUGUGAAAUGUCAGAAUAAUAGUAGAGAGAGUGAUUUAUUUCAGCUUUUAUUUCUUUCAUCACAUUCCCAGUGGGUCAGAAGUUUACAUACACUCAAUUAGUAUUUGGUAGCAUUGCCUUUAAAUUGUUUAACUUCGGUCAAAUGUUUCGGGUAGCCUUCCACAAGCUUCCCACAAUAAGUUGGGUGAAUUUUGGCCCAUUCCUCCUGACAGAGCUGGUGUAACUGAGUCAGGUUUGUAGGCCUCAUUGCUCGCACACGCUUUUUCAGUUCUGCCCACACAUUUUUUAUAGGAUUGAGGUCAGGGCUUUGUGAUUGCCACUCCAAUACCUUGACUUUGUUGUCCUUAAGCCAUUUUGCCACAACUUUGGAAGUAUGCUUGGGGUCAUUGUCCAUUUGGAAGACCCAUUUGCGACCAAGCUUUAACAUCCUGACUGAUGUCUUGAGAUGUUGCUUCAAUAUAUCCACAUAAUUUUCCUUCCUCAUGAUGCCAUCUAUUUUGUGAAGUGCACCAGUCCCUCUUGCAGCAAAGCACCCCCACAGCAUGAUGCUGCUACCCCCGUGCUUCACGGUUGGGAUGGUGUUCUUCGGCUUGCAAGCCGCCCCUUUUUCCUCCAAACAUAACGAUGGUCAUUAUGGCCAAACAGUUAUAUUUUUGUUUCAUCAGACCAGAGAACAUUUCUCCAAAAAGUAUGAUCUUUGUCCCCAUGUGCAGUUGCAAACCGUAGUCUGGCUUUUUUAUGGCAGUUUUGGCUUGCUGAGCGGCCUUUCAGGUUAUGUCGAUUAUAGGACUUGUUUUACUGUGGAUAUAGAUUAUUUUGUACCUGUUUCCUCCAGCAUCUUCACAAGGUCCUUUGCUGUUGUUCUGGGAUUGAUUUGCACCAAAGUACGUUCAUCUCUAGGAGACAGAACGCGUCUCCUUCCUGAGCGGUAUGACGGCUGCGUGGUCCCAUGGUGUGUUUACUUGCGUACUAUUGUUUGUACAGAUGAACGUGGUACCUUCAGGCGUUUGGAAAUUGCUCCCAAGGAUGAACCAGACUUGUGGAGGUCUACAAUGUUAUUUCUGAGGUCUUGGCUGAUUCCUGUUGAUUUUCCCAUGAUGUCAAGCAAAGAGGCACUGAGUUAGGUAGGCCUUGAAAUACAUCCACAGGUACACCUCCAAUUGACUCAAAUGAAGCUUCUAAAGCCAUGACAUCAUUUUCUGGAAUGUUCUAAGCUGUUUAAAGUCAACUUAGUGUAAACUUCUGACCCACUGGAAUUGUGAUACAGUGAAUUAUAAGUGAAAUAAUCUGUCUGUAAACAAUUGUUGGAAAAAUGUCUUGUCAUGCACAAAGUAGAUGUCCUAACCGACUUGCCAAAACUAUAGUUUGUUAACCAGAAAUUAGUGGAGUGGUUGAAAAACGAGUUUUAAUGACUCCAACUUAAGUGUAUGUACUUCCGUCUUCAACUGUAAGCUCAAUACAUUAAGUAAUUACUUUAAGAAUGAUUACCUGCUGCAUUCAAAGAUAACCAACCUACUUCACUUGCGUCGUCCUUGUGGUGUUGAGAGAUAAACAUGGUAAUGCUUUCAUUUUGCACAUAAAGGAAGAUCGCAAGCACUAUCAUGUAGAAACUUUGUUAUCCAACUCAUCUUGUGUCCUUUCAGUCAUUUUGUGAACCCUGUUCAUUGAUGUUUCUGGCAUGUUUCCAUUAGCCGGUAAUUAAAUUAAAAUAAAUUAAAAGUCGAUAAAUAAAAUUGUAGCCGGCCAAAUUGGCCAGGGCUGCCUAUCAUUCACCCUGAUUUUGCGCUUCUCUCACUCCUUACAUGUAUCGGCCUGCUGCUGAGGAGAGCGAGAGAGGAGCCUUGACCUAGGCUACUGUUGAUUGCUAAGAUGGAGGCCUUUUUCAAUGAAGUAAAACGAAAGUUGGGGAGUAUGCCUAUAGUGAAAAGCCUACAAGGCAGGGCUCCAGACUACGACCAUUUAGUCAAUUUUUGCGACUCUUUGGCAAGUAAAAAAUAAAAUUGGUCGCAUUGGUGUGAGUUGCACAUUCAUUCACCUCACUCAAAACGUCCUAUUUUGUAGGAGGCUGACCAUGAUUUGGUCAAACCGUAAAGUACAUUUUAAUUUAUUUAUCAACUCUCAAUUUUGAGCUCAAUAGCAACUAUUUUACAAACAAGAUAUUUGAUAUGGCUUUGAGAUACGGAGUGCGCGAAAUGUGCAUUGGCCAUUGCGAGUGUUUAGGCCUCAUUGGGCAGUAGGCUACAAUGUUUGUUGGGAAAUUAAACGUACUGUUAGAUUAAUACAUGGCUACUAGCAGUGGGUAUAAUAUUUUAGAGUUAGUGAUUUAGCUAAUGUAUGGACAAGUUUUAAUAUUGUAGUGGACAAAGAUGAGAAGAGCGUUGGCGUGGCCAAAUGCAUGCUACUGUGCAACUCGCUUUUCAGGUAGGAUGCAAUUUUGGAACUUUUAUUUAUUUCGUAUGUAUAAUAAUUUGUUUUAUUAUUAUUUUAUAUCAUUGUUAUUAAUGUAGGCCUAUUCAUUAAUCUAAACCAGUUCUUUAAAUAUGAAAAACUUUUGUUUCAUUCUGUUGACUUUGUUGGCUAAAUUAAGUUGGAUCUGUUUGUUUUUUAUUUGUGCUCCAUAUUUAGUUUAAUGUGGGUUAUAAGUAGACCUUUGUAAAAUAAAUAUAAUACCCAACAAAUGACAGAUAAGGUAGGCACUAGCAUUUCUUGGUAAUUGCUGCAAUAUAUCCUGUUCAAAACUUUUGUGAAGGUUUAAACCAGUUUGCAAGUGUUUUGUUUCAUUCUGUUGAGCCAUUUUAUUUGGCCAAAUUAAGUUCCAACUGCAAUGUUGUUUGCCGCAAUAUAAUAUCCUGCUCGUAUUUUCCCUAUAAACAAUAGCUUGAUUUAUUUUUGAUAUGACCCUAAUAAAGAUUAGAAAAUGUUGUGAAGGUGUGGUGUGGCUGUUAGCCUGUUACUGCAGGCCUAUGAUAUGAAGGCAGUGCGCACCGGCGCUCCAUCUGACUCCGACAGGAAGAAUGUUUUAGGCCUACCAGAGUUACUCCAAUAAUCUAACAAUAUAAUUUAAAAAAUAUAUAGUUGGAUAGAACAUUUAAGAAUUAGCUUCCUUCUGUACGCCUAUAUCUGUAGAGCAGAUACAGUAGCCUAUCUGACAAGGAUAAAGAAGUGCAUGUCAGUGUCGUAGCAUGCCGCUGACAUAUCUAUCUCUCUCUCUGGGGCUAGGCCAAAGCUUCCUUUUAUAUUUAUUGUUUUAAUAUUCAUAUCAUACAGUUGGACGCCUAAGCCUAUAGGCCUAUGCACCCAAUUCAUAUGGAUGACCUGUACUCCCGAGUGGCACAGCGGUCUAAGGCACUGCAUCUCAGUGCUUGAGGCGUCACUACAGACCCCCUGGUUCGAUUCCAGGCUGUAUCACAAACGGCCGUGAUUGGGAGUCCCAUAGGGCGGCGCACAAUUGGCCCAGUGUCGUCCGGGUUUGGCCGGUGUAGGCCGUCAUUGUAAAUAAGAAUUUGUUCUUAACUGACUUGCCUAGUUAAAUAAAGAUAAAAUAUAUAUAUAUAUAUAUAUAUUUUUUAUGCAUGCAAUGCCCUGAUGCAUUUAGUGCUCAUAUCUGCGAAAGCUGAACCGUGAGGUGGACAAUUAUUGUUUAAGGAAAGAAAAAACGAAUAAAACAAUAGGCUAUAAUGUGUUGCAUAUGCUACACAUCGAAACACAAGGAAUAGUGUUUUUGUAAUUUCUUAUAGGUGGUUUUUAAGGACACGUUAAUGUGGCUCAUCUGGCUAAAAUCCCUCGUUUAUUGAAGGCGCUGGCUGCGUGGGUGGACGCCCAGUGGGUUACGCACCCAAUUCAUAUGGAUGACCUGUACAUUUCUCAAAUGUCCGAUUCAUUUAAAAUCUUCCCAGUCACUGUGCGGUGCCACAUUUUCGGAAACCCUGGUUCCUGGGUAUUAUGUAUUAUUAAGCAGACGAUUUCAUUCAAAGCGACUUCCCGUAUUGCGUGCAUAAUUUUUUAAAUAUCUGUGGCCCCUGUGGGAAUUGAACCCACCACUCUGGUGUUACAACUGUCAUGCUCCACUGAGCCACACAGGACCACGUGUAUAUAUAAUGUAUCCCAUCUAAAAGUGACAUCUAUAAGUCCUGUAAAUUCAGUCCUAAAAUGGCUGCUGUAUAGUAACACUGCUGUCCUCUCUGUCCCAGGGAGCACCCAUUCUUUCUGAUCUUCAUGCAGAUCGCCAUCAUCUCCAUCUUCAAGUCCUACCCCACCGUGGGCGACAUCGCCCUCUACAUGGCCUUCCUACCGGCCUGGAACCACCUCUACAGAUGUGAGUGGUUCUUUCCCAUGAGCCAUGGAUUGUGUUCGAUAGGGUAUACCGUAGCAAACUGUUUUGCAACAGAAGACGAGCACAAGCAUUUCUUAUUGGACAAGUUUAGAUAGUAACUCCCCGUUUCAAAGCUCUUUCUUCUAUUUCGCGCCUACUGAACUCUGUCCUAAAGCUAGCUUUUUCUGUUGAAGAGGCAGGAAUACAGUUCGCUGUCGAUUUCAGUUUGCCUUCAUCCCUCAAAAGUCGUACAAAGUUGAGCUAUGUUAAUAUUCCACGUCAUCUGUUGUGUAGAUCCCUGUGUACUGUGUGUGUGAGGAUAGCGUUUCCCAAACCUUUGCUCUAUUCAUUAGCUAUCUAUUCCACUACUAGCAAACCUCUUUCAACUAAUCAAGGGCUUGUAAAUAAAUCCAAUAGGUGGAACAGCUGGGGUGGUGGGUACUCAUUGAGAGGUUUUGGAAACAUGUUUUAUGAGCUGCACAACAGAUGGCAUUGGACAUGGAUUAAGCUCGACUAAGACCAUUUUUUUAGGAGAACCAACCCUCAGAGGGUGUGCUCCUUAACAUCAUCCCUAAUACUGUAGUGCAGUAAUCCUCAAUCCUGCUGCAGGAGAGCCGCAGUACUGCAGGUUUUGUCCCAGCCAAAGGGAUGCACUUUUUUUUGUCUUAGCACUAACACACCUAAUUCCACUAAUCAAAGGCUUAAUGAUGAGUUGAAUCAAUUGUGUUAGUGCUAAGGCAAAAGCAAAAAUGUGAACCCCAUUGGGUCACCAGGACUAGGAUUGGGAAACAACGGUCCUUUGUAGCUCAGUUGGUAGAGCAUGGCACUUGUAGCACCAGGGUAGUGGGUUUGAUUCUCGGGACCACCCAUAUGUAAAAUGUAUACAGGCAUGAAUGUAAGUCGCUUUGGAUAAAAGCGUCUGCUAAAUGGCUUAUAUUACUGGUCUAGGGGUUGUUUUCAGACCAGGUCAAGGGCUCCUAGUAUAAUGAUCUGUCUUUACAAAGGGAAGCAGGAACAGGGGAUGACUCAGCUUUGUCAAAGUCAACAAUAGAAACCGAUUUCUGAUGCACCACAGGCACCUGACACAAAGCUCAAUAACAAGAAAAGCCAGGAUGGUAUUUCAGAAAGCAUAAUCUAAUGAGUCAUCCAACUUAAUGAUAAUCUCUUUAGUUAUAGCCAACAGAAGUUGGGACUAUAGCCAGCUAGUGUAGAGAGUGGUCAGUAAGUCUAAUGUUGUAACGGUUGAAAUUUACCUUUUUAUGAAUUGGAGUUCAUACAGUCAUUAAUUAAUCAUUUAUUUAUUUGAUAGGGAGAGGUACAAUAAAGACAUUAAUAUAUUGAAUAAUCAAGAGUCCAAUGCAUUGCACCGUCAUGAUUGGGCUUGCACUAAUUGCAGAAUAUUUACUAGAGAGAGUUAGCUGGCUAAGUGUAAAGUGUUGAGGUUGUAGGACUGGAAUGGUGUUUCCCAUCUACACUGAGCUCCGGACAGAGAGCAGAGGCAGAAGCAAAGAUGCAGUUGGAGUCUUUAUAUAGAUGAAGAUGGUUGUAAAAUGGAAUGGAUUGUUCAAAUGUUUAGAUUCACAGAAUGAUAAACAGUUGAUGUUGCCAGUCUGUAUGAGUUAUGGUUUGUAAUGGCUGCCUGAAUUAGCCAUUAGCAUGUGGUGGCCAUUAGCGGCUGGAAUCCCACACAAACUAAACAGAGGUGAGGAUGUCCUCUUCUAUGCAAUAAAGGAUGUUGGAACUCGCAUUCAAUUACGCAUACUGGUAGUUGUGAGCGUUGUUGGCGUGCUCAACUCCUCCUCCUGUUUUGGUGAAGGACCCAGAUUGAAAGGAGGCGCCCUCAAUGGCUGUCUGUAUAAAUACCUGGCCAUAGAGAUAUAUAGAUGUCACACCUGCCAUGAGUGCCCUCUGUCCUCACGUGACCAUAGAGUUGGGUAGAGGGCACACCUGCCACGAAUGCCCUCUCCCCAACUACACAUCACCAAAUUCUGUAAACUAAGAUUAGGGGAAACUUCUACAAGAAAAAGCUUUGGUUUUAGGCUCAUUAACGUUAACAAAGGAAUGUUAUGACUGUACAUUAUAUAGUUUUGUAUUGACUAUUUAUUUGAAGUCUUUAUUUUCCUUGUGUUCCAGUCCUGAGGAAUAUCUUCCUGGUGUCGGUUGUGUUGUUGGCGUGCUCCGCCCUGUUCCCCGUCCUUUGGCACCUCUGGAUCUACGCGGGUAGUGCCAACUCCAACUUUUACUAUGCCAUCACGCUGCUCUUCAACGUGGCACAGGUGAGUGGGCUGCACAGCUGGGUCGGCUAGCAUUUGGACAGGCGUCUUCAGUGUCAUUUCAGCUAAACCUAGGGUAUGGCAAUGUCAUUUGCAUUGGGAUUAGAAUGAUUGUAGUACCAUAUUUUAAAUUGUUAUCUUGAGCUACGGUAUGUCUGUCAUAGCCUGCUAUACCCAAAGGACAACCCUGGGGCAUCUUACCAAGAACAAUGAUACAGUGAGCCUGGCUACAAAGUUUGUAUGUGGAAGAGGUUUAUGACGUCACCUUUAAUGAAUAGUGGAGGCAGUAUAACAGUUAGACUUAUUUGUCACAUGCUUUGUAAACAACAGGUGCAGACUAACAGUCAAAUGCUUACUUACUUUUCCAACAAUACAGAGAUAAAUAAUAUAUAGAGAAAUAGUGACACGAGGAAUAAAUACACAGUGAAUAACGAAUAACGAGUAAAAAUAACAUAGCUAUAUACAGGGAGUACCAGUACCAAGUCGAUGUGCAGGGGUACGAGGUAAUUGAGAUAGCUAAGUACAUAUAGGUAGGGAUAAAGUGACUAGGCAACAGGAUAAAUAAUAGACAGUAGCAGCAGCGUAUGUGGUGAGUGUGAAUGUGUGUGUGGCGUCAGUAUGCAUGUUAUGUGUGUGUUGGGUUGUAAGUAUGUGUGGGUAGAGUCCAGUGUGUGCACAGGGAGUACAGGAGGGGACUAAGCACACACCCCUGAGGGGCCCGGUGGAGAUGUUGUUGCCUACCCUCACCGCCUGGGGGCGGCCCAUCAGGGAGUCCAGGAUCCAGUUGCAGAGGGAGGUUUUAGUAGUCAAUGAAAAGCAUUCUUACAUAGGCAUUCCUUUUGUCCAUUUUACAUUUGAGAACCGUGGAUCCCGUUUCCUUUUAGAGUCAGUUUGCUCUCACAAAUCCCUCAUCUGGAGUUGAAAUCAGACUUAAUGCAGACUUAAUUACUCAGGUAACCAGACCGGAACAUGGGAAUGUUUAUCCUUCAGCUGCGUCCUUCACUAAUUCAUGGUGACCGACACCUGCUCUGGAACAGAUGACGUAGACACCAAGGUUUUGGGUUACCUGUCAGAGUGUGAGUAAGAUAUCACUGUCCAACACUGUUCAAUGGAGAGUCUGGGAAACUGGGUCUAAUACGCUUUAAGAUGAGAUCAUUUUGUUCCAUUGAGACUUUUCUUCCUGGUCUUCCCGGGAUAUCAGCGAAGACUGAGAAUAAAUGAGGUUAAUAGUGUCUGGUGGGGUCAUUAAUAAUUUGACGGUGUUGGUUUCAACAAAACAUUUCCCUUAUUAGGUGCAUAUAAUAGCACAAUUAUAGUUGAUAGGCCCUUUAGACUGUUAGGGCAGGUUUCCCAGAUGCAGAGCAAGCCUAUUCCUAGUCUUUAAAAAAAAGUUUUUCCCAGGAGUAGGCUUAAUGAAUGUUUUAGGCAGCACUACUGAGGUUCUAGUGUAGUCUCUGUUUGUUAUAUUCUUACCAGACUGCUCAAUUAUACGCUUGUGAGCAUACUAUUUGCAAAAACUGUUGCGUUAACAAAUGUGGAGUUUGUAGUUCAACCGUCCUGAAGGAUUUUUAGGUAACCGGUGUGAGAUUGUGAUAGACGUGCCAGUCAGUUUUAUAGAUUCACCAUGUGAGAUAAACCAGGUCAAUAUUGCUAGCUAACUGCUUUGGCUGACAAUAGGUUUCCAAUCUCUCUGAUAGUAUGCAGGUUGACUUUGUUGAAACCUGCCUGAGAUGACGACAUUUCAAAAGGAAAGAGAAUGGUUUGGAGACGCUCCCAGAAUUGUUAUGUAGCAAAGUUUUUGACCUUUGUAUGGAUCGUCAGCAUCCAAUUGCAAAAUAGUAUGUUUGGGUAUUCUCCUUUUGUUUUAAAAAGGUAUUUCUGUCAAUAUUGCUUUUGUUUCUUCUUCUCAGAUCUUGAUGGUGUCAGACUACUUCUACGCGUACCUGCGGCGAGAGCAUCACCUGACCCACGGCCUGUACCUGAAGAGGAAAGACGGCAGCGAGGCCACUCUGGUUCUCAAGUAGUAGAUGACACACUCAUACGCACUCGCGCACACACACAGGCAGGGAUGGGACCCUUGCCUGACUGAAAGUGACUCUGAACAUUACCCCACCCUUCGAGUUCUUAUUUCUGAGGUCUUACUUUUAAACAAACAUCCCACCCAACCAACCAACCCCCUGCUCCCCCAUAGACCAAAGCCUUAGUGUUUCUGAAGGUCCGGCUGGGAUGGAAGAUGUGCUGCCUUUUGUCCAUGUUCUGUCGCUCCAAUGAGUAGGCGAGAUAUCUGGUUUUAGUGGGUAGGUGAUUGGGUUGCUGGUCCGGUUAUUUUGCUUUUUUUGGUCCUACCUUUCUCCUGGAUUUACUUUCUUAUGCUUUUAGGAGUCACUGUCACUCAUUGAAAACAAGCAAAUGAAUUGAGCAGAUGUGAGCCGUUGGGUACUUGGGUGCAUACGUAAACCAGACAGGUCUGCAGUUAGGCUCUUUUACCAGCAGAGGGCGUCAGUUGAAUAGGAAAACUACAGUGGUUUGUCAGUCUGUCAGCCAAUGUGUUCAUUAGAGCACGCAACGAAAACGUUUUAAAACAUUUUGCAAAAACCAUUUGCGUUUUGUAUUGUCCAAGUAGUCCACCUCUGUUUCAGUACGUUGUCUUCCGUUUGCUGCCUAAUGAACAAAACCCUUUAUGUUGUGCUUUAGUAAUACACUAAACACUGUGUCCAACAAUAACUGUCUGUACAACUUGUUGGUACUCUUCUCUCAAUGGGUAUCUGAUGACUACUGCAUUGUCACUAUUUGCAAGAGCAUAGGAAAAAGAUAUCGGGUGUAAGACACCCGUUUACUGGAGUGUGUCUUCUCUGAGAAAUGUCAUCUGAAUGGUACUCUGUGACAAUGAGAUAUGAUCUGGAAUCCUCCAAACUCUCGUGAUGCACUCUGCGUCAUCUUGAAUGUUCAUGUAUGCCAUUUUUUAUACAAAUGAGGGAUUUAUGUGUAGGCAUAUAGUAUUUAUUUAUUGCCAGCACUGAUUUUGUUCUAUCGUUUUUGCUUCAAUAAUUUGGUAAAUGGGCAAGUACUUAAGUUGUUUUGAUAUGUUUAUGUAUUUUUUACAUGAUAAGACCAGGGUGAUUUUGAAACGGAUAAUGUUCUAUUUGCUGAAUGAGUGGCUAUGAAUGAUGAUGGCUACAUUAUAGGUUGUAGUGUUUUGGGGGGUACAGAUACAGUGCCUUCAGAAAGU